AUGCCUUUAAGGAGUGACCUGGGAGAUAUUCAGAUUGAGGCUGAAGAGGGGCCGUGGAACAAUGGUCCUCCCAAGGAGAAGCUUCAAGGCCUCGUUGCUGCAACUCUCACACCUAUGACUGAGACUGGAGAAAUCAACUUAUCCAUAAUUGGUCAAUAUGUGGACUAUCUUGUAAAUGAGCAGGGUGUGAAAAACGUUUUCGUGAAUGGUUCAACAGGAGAAGGCCUGUCACUGAGUGUCCUGGAGAGGCAACAACUUGCAGAAGAGUGGGUGACAAAAGGGAAGAAUAAGUUGGACCAUGUGAUCAUUCACGUAGGAGCUUUAAGCCUGAAGGACUCCCAAGAUCUGGCUCAGCACGCAGCCAGAAUAGGAGCAGAUGGUAUUGCUGUCAUAGCCCCCUCCUUCUUCAAACCUGCAAACAAAUGUGCCCUGAUUGCAUUUUUAAAAGAAGUGGCUGCUGCUGCCCCUCAGGUGCCGUUUUAUUACUACCAUAUUCCAGCUUUGACCGGGGUAAAAAUUCGUGUUGAAGAGCUGCUGGAUGGCAUUCAGGACGAAAUUCCCAGCUUUCAAGGGGUGAAGUUCAGCGACGUAGAUCUCUUAGACUUUGGACAAUGUGUGGAUCAAAACAGCCAACAGCAACUCACUUUCCUUUAUGGGGUGGAUGAGCAACUGCUGAGUGCCCUGGUCAUGGGAGCCACUGGAGCAAUUGGCAGCACCUACAACUACCUGGGCAAAAAAACAAAUGAGAUGUUGGAAGCUUUUAAGUGCCAGGACCUUUCCUUAGCUUUGUCUCACCAGUUUCACAUCCAGAGAUUUUUGAACUAUGUAAUCAAAAUGGGUCUGGGAGUUGCACAGACAAAAGUUAUCAUGACUCUUGUCUCUGGACUCCAAAUGGGUCCACCUCGGCUGCCCCUGCAGAAAGCCUCCAAGGAAUUUACUCUUAAUGUUGAGGCCAAGCUGAAGAACCUUGAAAGCCAUUGUUUUUACUGACCAGACUGAGCACGGAGAAGCCUGGGACUAAUCACACUUGGGUGUCUUUGAUGAAACGCAGCCACUAUGCUAUAUAACAUUUCUCAGGGAAUUUUGUAAUCAGCCUGAAUUAAACACUCCUUUUUAGAAAGGAUAGGCUUA